CAGGUAAAUGCGCAACGUCCUGGCACUUGCACACAACAGAAGAGAGGGAAAUUUAUUGUUGCUAAAGAUCGAAAUGGUGAUGAUGAUGUCGCGGUUUGUAUCCAACGUCAUGGAAAAUAUCAAUGGCAUGUGAUCAAAGGUACUAACAUCGUCUUUAUGUCUUAUGUAUUAUGUUUUUAUUUUCACAUAGCCUGAGAACAGACCUACGUUUCGUCCGCCCUAAAAUUCGCGGGUCGAGGGAAAGGGCGAAACGUAGGUCUGAUGAAAAUGUUGUCAAAAGUGCAUGUAAGUCGAUCGCCAGGCGGUCGACAAAGCUGGUUGGCUAAUUCACAGUGAAAUUGGUUGUGAUUGGUUGGUCGCUAACAUGAAAAGAUUUGAAAAGAUCAGAAAUCAGAAUAUAUUUCAACGGUAAGUCAACGCAUAUGAAUAUAUAAUAUGCAUAUAGAGUAAUAUUCUAAGUACUUUGUAAGGUCGAACGACAACUAGUCUAUCAGUGAUUAUAUACCGUCUAAAAAUUACAACUAGAGGGGAGUAGAGUGUAGUCUGCGAACUCAGACGUAAUUUCCUCAUUUCUCGCUCGGAAAAUAACCGAGCGAGAAACGUCGGAAAAUAACCGAGCGAGAAACUUGGAAAUUACGUCUGGGUUGGCAGACUAAGUAGUGCACUACGCGUCAAAUACUUCAGCGUUGUGUCUUUCCGUUGUAAUAUACAAUACAAUAUAUCUAAUAUAAUAAUUCUAAAUGAGCUAAGUUUUGUGAUUAAUCAUAUAAAUAAAACUGAUACAAGUCAUCCAAUGAUACAAAUAUAUCAAUAUGUGUGUCAGCGCAAUACAAUUUAGUCGAGUAUAUAAAAGCAACGGAGUGCAUGGGGUUUAAAUAUUUAUUCAAACAUCUGUACUUAUCGACUUUGUUUACACAUUUUCAAUAAAAUGAAAUCGACAACUUUUGGUGUAUUUUUAGGUGUUAUAAUAAAUGUUAAUUAUUACAAAAUGCAAAGUGGGCGGAAUGCACUUUUGACAACAUUUUCAUCAGACCUACGUUUCGCCCUUUCCCUCGACCCGCGAAUUUUAGGGCGGGCGAAACGUAGGUCUGUUUUCAGGCUAAUUUUCACACCAUGCAGUAUAUAGAUGUAUUUUUCUGUAUUUUUCUGUUUAUUAUAUAAACAAAAUUCAGUGAAAACAAUAACAUGUCCGUGGCAAUGCGUUUUACAACAAAUGAUAUUUUUACACGUAAAAAUAUCGUUUUUUUUACGUGUGUUUAAAUACGAUAUUUCUCAGUAGCCAAAACCUCUAUAUAAUACUUAUGUUUAUAUAAUAAAACUUUUCAAUUCACAAUUUCUGCAUGUUAACGGCGUUUGUAACGAUUAAAUGAAUAUAAUUGUUUAUAUAUACUGUCCCUGAUAUCCUGCCUAUGACCUGCCUUUUACCUUCGGCUGCUGCUCAGUUAGUUGGACCAUUGGAACCACAUCUCGGACUGUCAAAAGGUAAACGUUCUGGUAUAAUUUGUCGUUAAAGUCGCUGAUGCUGCUCUUUUUGUUUUUAAAGACCUUGAAGUGCUGACAUAUGAAUCAUGCAAACAAAUAUUGAUGAGUCCAAGGUAAAAUACAUGCAUAUACACUUACACACAUAUUUGGCUUUUAUUUCAUCACGUUACUCCCUAGCCUCUCACAACUAUUUUAAAAUAAAAACCAAGCUGGUUUACAGAAGGGUCGUAAUUGCUACUAGUCCGUAACUAUACUACUACAUCCACAACUACAAAUACAAUUAUACCAUUGUUCCACAACAUGGACCCACUAUAUCUAAAGCUUCGCUUGAGGAGAUUCGUUUUUGGUUUUGGUAGAGAUAUAGAUUAAAUCAGUUUCCAUUAAAUUGCGUAAAUUCAGUGUAAACAGAAAACUAUAAGCUAAAAAAUAUUUCGUUUAUCUUACAGAAACAAUGGAAAUGGUGUUUACCAAAUCAGUGUCGGGAACAAUAAAUUUAUCGACGUGUACUGUCAAAUGACUAACGUCUCAGGAUGCAAAGGCGGUGGUUGGACAAUGGUGAUGAAGAUUGACGGAAGCUUGGUAAGCGCGCGUGCAGACUUAAUGAUUAUGUAUCUGCGAAUCACAGCACAAAUAUACUUGUACGGCGAUGCAAGUUGUCCUGUAUACAAAUUCCAUGUUUUCGUCCGCGUUUUUUCGUUCGUCCAUCCGUCUGCUCGCUUGUUUGUUUGUUUGCGUUUGCGUUUGCGUUUGCGUUUGCGUUUGCGUUUGCGUUUGCGUUUGCGUGUGCGUGUGCGUGUGCGUGUGCGUGUGCGUUUGCGUGUGCGUUUGCGUUUGCGUUUGCGUGUGCAUGCGCGUGCGUGUUUGUGUGCGUGUUUGUGUGCGUGUGCGCGUAUAUGUGACAAUGAGAUCAAUAUAGAAACGAAUCUCACCACGAAUCUCACCAUACUUACAUGGCUCACACGCCAUAAAAGACUUAAUAGAAGACAAUAUCAAACAAAUUCACCCUAGGCAUUUGAAGUCCAACAUAUUUUACAAGAUAGGAUGAUUUUACAAGUUUUCGUUUGUGUUUGUUUAAAGUUUGUGUUUGUUUAAAGUUUGUGUUUGUUUAAAGUUUGUGUUUGUUUAAAGUUUGUGUUUGUUUAAAGUUUGUGUUUGUUUAAAGGUGCCCUACAGUCCGUAUGUAAACAAAGCCUUUGUUUACAUUUUUGUGUCCAAAAUAUUGAGCUUUAUUCGACAACUAUUCAUAUUUUCAAGCUUCUAGAGUAUAAUAAAUGAUCAAGAAACAACAAUCAGGCUUUGCAAGAACCCAAAACAUAGAUAAACUGUUUGUAUCAUAAAAAGUGGGCUCCUUUGUACACAUGCGCAGAUCGGACUGUAGGACACCUUUAAAGUUUGUGUUUGUUUAAAGUUUGUGUUUGUUUAAAGUUUGUGUUUGUUUAAAGUUUGUGUUUGUUUAAAGUUUGUGUUUGUUUAAAGUUUGUGUUUGUUUAAAGUUUGUGUUUGUUUAAAGUUUGUGUUUGUUUAAAGGUGCCCUACAGUCCGUAUGUAAACAAAGCCUUUGUUUACAUUUUUGUGUCCAAAAUAUUGAGCUUUAUUCGACAACUAUUCAUAUCUUCAAGCUUCUAGAGUAUAAUAAAUGAUCAAGAAACAACAAUCAGGCUUUGCAAGAACCCAAAACAUAGAUAAACUGUUUGUAUCAUAAAAAGUGGGCUCCUUUGUACACAUGCGCAGAUCGGACUGUAGGGCACCUUUAAAGUUUGUGUUUGUUUAAAGUUUGUGUUUGUUUAAAGUUUGUGUUUGUUUAAAGUUUGUGUUUGUUUAAAGUUUGUGUUUGUUUAAAGUUUGUGUUUGUUUAAAGUUUGUGUUUGUUUAAAGUUUGUGUUUGUUUAAAGUUUGUGUUUGUUUAAAAUUUGUGUUUGUUUAAAGUUUGUCUUGCUUUGCCCGGCAAAAUAAACCGAAUGUGCAAUUAACUCAUUGUAUAAUUAAUGCACGAUAUAAUUUAUACAUAAUAGUUAAUCCGAUGGCGGAGGUAUGCAGGCUCAGAGUGUCCUCUAGUUUCUUAACGCAUUUGUUUUUAUAGAGUACUUUUAACUACAGCUCCUUCUAUUGGACGAACAAAAACUUUUACAAUGACUAUGCCUAUGGGCGAAACGGCGGUUUAGACAACCGAGAAUAUAAAGGAUCGACUUACUGGAGAACCGCAUUUAAAGAAAUUUGUGUUGGUAUGAAAUAUGGUGGUAAUUUCAGAGCAUUCUCCUUCUCGUAUCCGGCAUCAUCGCUGUACGAUUUGAUCGCAGACGGAAACUAUCGACAAACUCGUGUUGGUCGCUCGCAGUGGAAAUCAUUGAUCAGUGGGUCAUCCUUACAGCGUAACUGCAAUCAACAGGGAUUUAACACACAAGUUGGUAGUUUGCUCACAAGAGUUCGGUUGGGUUUUGUAGCAAAUCAAGAAAAUGAUUGUAAAACACCCGACUCUUACGUAGGCCUGGGAGCUGGAGGUAGUUAUCGCAAGCAAUGGUGCGGGUUUCCGCAUACAUCUGCCAACGUCGCGGGUAAUCUUGCCCGGUGUAAUGCAGACAACGGAAACAAGAAUGUCAGAGCCAUGGCAUAUAUAUUGGUUCGUUAAAAGAACUGAGUUGUCCGAUUUACACUAGAGAUGGAUCAUUCGUCAAAACACAUCGUCUGUCAGACGGGUCAUUCGGUCAUAUGUUGCACGAUCCAAUAUUUGCUGUAACUUGCAAUGCAGUGUCUGUCACAGAAGAGCCUUAAUUGCUAGCUAUAAAAGAUUGGAAAUUUCUGAGCAUGGUCCACGGUUUACUCUGUUGACAUUUUACAUCCCGUUUCUUUCAUUUUCAUCCUUUAGAAUAUGUUAUGUGUAAUUCAUGAGGAAAAAACAAAAAAAAUCAUAAGCAUGUCACGUAUCUUUAUAUGUGAUAAAGAUUUCCCUUGAUUUACAUAAACUUUAACUUUGAUUUACUUGACUUACACAACGUAUUUUUUUGAAAAUUACUUCGCCAAUGAACUUAUAAGAUCGAUCGUUUUUGAAGCAACUUAAAACAUCCGCAGUGCGUGUUCUAUCAGACCUAAAGAUACUCGGCUUCGUCUGGUAUCUUUGUACCUGAUAAAACACUGCUGUGCAUGUUUUAAGUAGUACAUAUAAAGUUUCGCCUGAGUAGUAUGCGGGCCAUGUUCAUUAUUUCUCUGUAACUACGUUUUAGAUAACAUGACUCACUCAUUUGGCUCUGUAUAUCUGAAGUUGCAGCAAACGUUGCCUCGUGUGACAUGACCUUAAAGUUUAGUGUAAACACGAUAGAUAAACCAUCCAGACGAAAUAAAAUAUUGCAGGGAAACUGUGAGCAUGGCUCAUCGUUUAACCUGUCAACAUUUCUCAUUAUAUUUCUUUCAAUUUUCAUCCCUUAGUGGUUUUGGGAACAAAUCAUGCCUGAUAUUUUCCUGAUAGCUGGUCUAAUGUCGUCGAAAUAUCUUAAUUUUUCCGCUCGCAAAAAUUCGUCCAAAUUUGGCCGUCUCUAGCGUAAAUCGGGUCAUUCGCAUUUAAGAUCCAUUUAACAUAUUCACAUUGGCUAAUUAGUAUAGUAAAGGAACAAGAUUAAAUCACAGUAAAUUUUGAAUAGUAGGGGACUAUAAUUAUAUAAUCAUAGCCUAUAGUGCUAAUAGCACGAUAUUAAUUUUACUUUAAGUUGAUAAUUAUCAUAUACUUGCUUUAUUUUAAUCAACAUUUUUCAAUUAUCAGAAUUGCAUGGUUAAAAACUUCGCAUUGCGAAAUGCAAUCAAGGGUUGGUACUUUAUGUAAUCUAAAUUGAAAUGUAGGAACAUGUAAUCCAAAUGAUGUAAUCUUGAUUAAACCAAUUUGUCGAUCAACUGGUGUGCUGA